AUGGCUUUCAUUCUCGUCACGGGUGCGACCGGUAAACAAGGUGGUGCUUUAAUUCAAAAGCUCAUCCAGAAGAAUGCUCCCUUCCAAAUCCUCGCGGUCACACGCAAUCCUAAGUCCGCGGGAGCACAGAAACUGUUGGCACAAUCGGACAAGAUCAAACUUGUACAAGGGGACAUGGAUCGUCCCAGUGAACUCUUCAAGAAUGCGCAGGCCAAGGCUACUGAUCCGAUUUGGGGUGUCUUUAGUGUUCAGGUUGUCAUGGGACAAAAGGUCCCGGAAGAUGUUCAAGGCAAGAACCUAGUCGAUGAAGCGCUCAAGCACGGUGUCAAGCACUUUGUCUACGCCUCCGUUGAUCGCCACGGCGCUCAGUCCAUCGAAAAUCCAACCAACAUUCCCCACUUCGAACAUAAACAUAUCAUCGAAAAGCAUCUGAUGGAGAAGACCCAAAACGGCCAGAUGGACUGGACGAUCUUGCGCCCGACCGCGUUCUAUGAUAACCUCACCCCGGACUUCAUGGGCAGGGUCUUUGCGACCGCGUUUAAGAACUCAUUGCGGGGCAAACCGCUCCAGAUGGUGGGAUGCAGUGAUAUCGGUACAAUCGGCGCCGAGAUCUUCAUGAAUGCGGAAGAAUACAAGGGCCAGGCGAUCUCCUUGGCGGGUGACGAGUUGACAUUUGAUCAGUUCGCGCAGAUCUUCAAGGAUCAGACUGGAAAGACCAUCCCGACCACCUUUGGGUUUGUAGUCUCUGCGAUCAUGACGCUAGUCAAAGACUUUGGAUACAUGUUCCAAUGGUUCCAUGAUGUGGGAUUUGCGGCGGACAUCCAGGAGGUGAAGAAGAUACAUCCGGGUCUCAAGGACUUUGCGACUUGGUUGAAGACUGAAAGUCACUUUGAAACGUCCUGA